GUUAGUGUUGCUGUAUGUAGAUGUAACCCAACACUGGCUCCAUUCCAGCACACCCAAAACAGCUGAUCUGGAAGAAGCCUUACUUAAUCCAACAUGUGUUUUCUGGAAAUAUCCCAAAGUACCGAUAGCGUCCAGCUUCCAAGUCACACAUCCUUUGCUGCUCCAUAUUACACUGCCUCUGCAAAUACAGCUGAGACCAGCUGUUUCCAGCCCGGUCUAUUUACGGACAACUUUUCAUACGAGCAGAUGAUGUGCAAUGCUUUGGAAAACCAACAGAUUGUGGAUAUGCUCCUGCAACCAGACAACUGCACUUCAAGCGCAUUGUAUCCUAAUCCAAUCUCCCAGCACAGCUCCUAUGGAAACUACCAGCCAGGAGCUGAACAUUACAACUCUGCAAUGGCACCCAGUUAUCUGUCAGACUCGUCAGAUGUGUCCAGCCCGGUGGAUUACAACAAUUAUUCACCUCCGCAAUGUUACUCAUCAGCAUCGUCGAGUUACGGCUCUCCCACCCACGUGGACCCGCGGCACUGCGGCUCCAUCUCGGAAGAUUGCCCCUCUCACCACUGCUCGCUUCCAUACGACUGCUGCUUGUCUCAGGCUCCCAGUCCCCAAGCCCACAUGAACCAGCUUCCCGAGUACAUCCCAUACCCCUCGUCCAACUGCUUAUAUCCCUCCGCCAUGACAGAAGAGAGCUUUAUUAGGAGAGAACCGAACAACUGGGACAUGUGUUACCUUUAAAUCUGUUAAAUAUGGGUAACAUUUGCAUGGCUGUGUUCGUACCUGUACAGCCAAUAGAAAUCAAGACUGUCGGGAAUAAUUACGCCGUGUUUGGAGUGCUGAUGUAAUGAACGCGGUUUAAGAGUUGCCCUAGUACACUAUGAACCGCGUGUCCGCAUUGAAGUGAAUGGAUCAUGACCGCUGAGCAAAUGUUGCGUUUUUAUGUCGUUUUUUUUUUUUUUUUUUAAUCUUGUGUAUUUUGAAUUUUGAA